AUAAGUUAUGGAGCCAUGGAUCUGGAUAUCCUGAAUCAGCACUCGUCCUCCGCGUUUCUCUGGAUCGCCAUCUGUUGCACAUGGAGCCUGUUGCUAUUGAAUUUCGAGGGUUGCGCGGCGAUUCCGGGCGGAAGUAGCGGGGAGCGCGUCCACAUCCGUCUCCAUAUGCCCGAGGUGGUGCGUCAGCAUACGCAUUUCCACAACGUCUACAAGUUACCGCGGAAAAUCCACCCGGUUCCGGCACCACCGCCCACAACGAUCGCCACAAUGCAUCCGAAAUUCGUCGGAAAACCCCAUGUUCAACUUUUGGGCUAUACAACGGCGGUGGGAAAUUCGGGACCAAUGUCGCCCAAUUUAAUGCAGCUCAUGGGUACGGCAGCCACGCCCACUCUCAUGCCAUCGCCCACCAAUUUGAUGCCCAACUAUGGCCCGGCCUUGUUCGAUAAUUACAAUCAGGAGUCGGCUUUGAGUGCAACAACUACCACAACGACAAUGAGACCUCCGAGUUUAAAGAUGGCCAAGCAGCAACAAUUGUUGCAACAAAUAUUUACACCUCAAAAAACUGAAGAUGAGGACAAUUCGGCCGAGGAUAAUCAGUUGGAGAGCAAUUCUUUGCUUAAUAACAAUUUUCUAGAGGCUCUGCAAAGGGAAUAUCUCUCCAAGUUCGGUGGACGACGGAAGCGAAAGAAAUCCAGCUCAAAACUUAGAAAUUCAAACAAGGAGUUUUCGAAUUAUUUCAGGAGCAAACCAUAUUACUAUCAAGAUGAGGAUUUAUCGGAGAACUUUGAAGACUACCAGGACGAACAGCCACAGCACGAGGAUUACGAGGAAGUGAUGGUGAUGAGUACGCCCAGCAAAUACGGUGGCGGCUAUUAUCCAUCGGGAUCGGAAGAAGUUGAUCAGGAUCACGCACAGGGUUAUGAUAGUGCUGUGGCAUUUAGCGGUCAGGAUAAUAGCAUCUCACCAUCCAUACCCACAAUGGAGGAUUUUCUGGAAGAUGCCAAUAAUCCAGCAUCUGGUUAUGGAUCCGGUGGAGGUGGAAACUUUGACCCCUACGGCAGCAACUUUUCGAAUGAUAUGAUUUCCCAGUCCUGGCAGCCUUCCUCAACGAGUGCCACCCUGAGCAACAGUUGGUCGCGGCCCACUACCAAUUCCUUUACCAAUUCCUCAAAGGGACCUAAAUCCAGACCCGUUCGAUCCAGAGGUCGAACUAAAGUUCGAUACGUCAAGUUGAUCACACGUAAGAAACGUAAGAAUCACAUUCGUACCAAAAGAUAUCGACCAUAAUUUAAGGUUGCAACAGCAAAAA